AUGGGCCAGAUAUUUCCUUUCACUAUCAUUACCUAUAGCUACGUCAACAUCAUCCGUACAAUGAGACAGAACUCUCGACGCCUUGGACGUGUAAACCGUGCAGAGGCUCGUGCAACUGCAAUGAUAUUCAUAAUGAUCAUAUCCUUUACCAUUGCAUGGACACCAUACUCCCUCUUCGCUUUAAUGGAACAAUUCGCAACUAAAAGCAUCGUGUCCCCUGGUGCUGGAGUUAUACCAGCGUUAGUUGCAAAAAGCUCUAUUUGCUACGACCCUCUUAUUUAUGUUGGGAUGAAUACGCAGUUUCGUCAAUCAAUAAAACGUAUUUUUGGUAUUCACGGUAAAAGCGGAAGUUCGCAAAUUGAGAGGGGGUACAAAAGUACAGUUUUGUCCUCCUGUCAUAAAUUAUCUGUACUUAAUGAUAUAACUGUACGAUGUAAUACUUCAGAAAUUUCAAAAAUUGUCAAAAUAAACGAAAAACGUACUGAAUGUACGGAUGAUCAAUCUGACUUAGUCAAAAACGUGAUCACAAUUAAAAAUUUCAAUAAGAAAUCCGAAUUGUGCACAAUUGAAGAAAAAAAGGCGGCAUUAGACGCAGCAGAAAGAUCUGGAGAAACUGAUUAUGAUGAUGAGAGCAGUGGUGGAAAUAAAAAAGUAGUAGUUUUUGGAAAUUCUUGCAAAUUAAAUGAACCUUCUCCCAUCCUUUCUAUAAUGGACGCCGAUAAUCCUUUAAUUACAAAGUCGCAUGAUCAUGAUGGUAAUGAUACGAAAGAUAUACUAAAGAAUGUGUACAUUAACAAAGGGUGUGAAGAACAAUCAACAGAUAAAAUGAAAACCGAUGAAUCAAUUCAAACCCUUAAACGUCCAAAAACUAUCAAACAUAGUUCUUCGUUAGAGUUGGCCGGAAAAUCGACAGAAGGAAAGCGAAGGAAAUUUUCUAUGGAAACUAAAUUAGAAUCUUUCGUGACACCGAAAAGUUUUAUGGAUACAGUAGUUAGCAAGCUAUUUGAUCAAGAAUAUAAUCAAGAUAAUAGUGGAUAA